AUGCAAUUACACUUUCUAGCAUUUCUCUGUUCUAUUCUCGGUGCCGCUCUGGCGGUGCGGUUUGAAAUCCCGGCGUUUCAAGCUCCUGAACCUGUAUGCAUUCGCGAUUUCGUGAGUGAAGGACAAUUGGUUGUGGUGGAUCUCAAGACGGAUGGUUCUGUUGGAGAUGGCCAAGUGCUGAAUCUGGUUGUCAGAGACACUGUGGGACAUGAAUAUCGCAGGAUGAAAAACAUCGCAGGACCCGUCAAAGUUGCAUUUACCGCGUCUUCAUCAGCUGCGUUUGACGUGUGUCUUGAAAACCAACUGGAAAGUCGUGGCCGCACGUUGAGCAGAAAAGUGGAAAUUGACAUAGAGUCCGGAUCUGAGGCCCGUGACUGGAGCCAAAUUCAGAGUUUGGAGAAGCUGAAACCCGUGGAGGUCGAAUUACGCAGAAUUGAAGAACUUACAGAUGAGAUCGUUGAUGAGCUGGCGUAUCUGAAAGCCAGAGAAGAAAGACUAAGAGAUACAAACGAAUCGACCAACAGAAGAGUCAGAAACUUUUCGGUGCUCAUGAUCUGUGUUCUGCUAGGCUUGGGAGCGUGGCAGAUUAACUACCUACACAACUAUUUCAAAGCCAAGCACAUCAUUUAG